GCGGAGGGUUAGAGCGGAUCCAAGAUGGCGGUGGUGUGGAGGCUCCUGGAGCUUGCUCUUGUGUUCUCGGUCUGUCUUACUCCUGCCCUAAGUGUUGAUAGGAGCAACUUCAAGACAUGUGAGCAGAGCUCAUUUUGCAGACGUCAGCGCAAGCUUGAGCCAGGAUCCUCUCAGUAUCGGGCUUUGCUUGGAAGUGCAAAAUUGACUGCUGACAAGCUUGAGAUUCAGCUCAUCAAUGACAAAACCAAGGUCUCUCUUUUGCUGGAGGUCUUUGGAUUACAUGGAAACAUGACACGCAUUAAGAUUAAUGAGCUUAAGCCUCUAAAACCGAGAUAUGAGGUUCCUGAUGUGUUGGUUGGGACGCCCACUCCCGACAACCUACAGGUGACUGGGCAGGAUGACAACACUAUAGAGUUGUCCAUAGGAGGUGGAGGCCACAAGCUCCUAGUGACGGGAUCACCUUUUCGUCUGGAUAUCCUCUCGGGACAAGAUUUAGUACUGAGUGUCAAUUCUCGUGGACUCCUUUAUUUUGAACAUCUACGAGCAAGGAAGGACACUCUCUCGGCCAAAGUUAGUAACGCUGUCGGUAACAUGUGGCAUAAGGUGAAGAAUCUUUUCUCUAGUGACUCAGAAAAGACUGACGAUCCCUCAGAAACUGAUAGUGAGAUUCCUGGAGAGGAGGAAGCUGCGAAAGAGGAGGAAGACAAGAAGGAAGAAGAGGAUGAGCCUGGAAUGUGGGACGAAACCUUUAAAACUCAUACAGACAGCAAGCCUAAUGGUCCUUCUUCGGUGGGUCUCGACUUCUCUCUACCGGGAUUUGAACAUGUAUAUGGAAUUCCAGAACAUGCAGACAAUUUACGACUACGAACAACAGAGAACACAGAUCCCUACCGCUUGUAUAACCUGGAUGUCUUUCAGUAUGAACUGUAUAACACAAUGGCUUUAUAUGGAGCUGUACCACUGCUGCUAGCUCACAACAUUCACCGCACGUUGGGUAUCUUCUGGCUAAAUGCUGCUGAAACCUGGGUAGAUAUUACCUCUAACACAGCCGGAAAGACUCUCUUUGGGAAGAUGCUUCAGUAUAUGCAGGGAGGUGGGGAGACCCCUCAAACAGAUGUGCACUGGAUGUCUGAGAGUGGCAUUGUUGAUGUAUUCCUUCUACUGGGACCUUCUCCAAGUGACGUGUUUAAGCAGUAUGCCAGUCUCACAGGGACCCAGGCUUUGCCACCAUAUUUUUCACUUGGGUACCACCAGUGCAGAUGGAACUACAAUGAUGAGGACGAUGUGCGCAAUGUAGACGCUGGCUUUGAUGAGUAUGAUUUGCCCUAUGAUUUUAUCUGGUUGGAUAUUGAGCAUGCUGAUGGAAAGAGAUACUUCACAUGGGACCCUAAUAAGUUCCCUACACCCAAAAAUAUGCUGACUGGCUUGAAAGAAAAGAGAAGGAAAAUGGUAACUAUUGUGGACCCUCAUAUCAAGAUUGAUAGCGCUUACCGGAUUCAUAGUGAAAUUCGAUCCCGCAACUUAUAUGUUAAAACCAAAGAUGGAAGUGACUAUGAGGGCUGGUGCUGGCCAGGGUCUGCUGCCUAUCCGGACUUCACUAAUCCAGAUAUGCGGACGUGGUGGUCCAGCAUGUUCUCAUAUGACCAGUAUGAGGGCUCUAUGGAUAAUCUGUUUGUUUGGAAUGAUAUGAAUGAGCCAUCCGUGUUUAAUGGUCCAGAAGUGACUAUGCACAAAGAUGCUGUACAUUGGGGUGGCUGGGAGCAUCGUGAUGUACAUAAUCUAUACGGGCUCUAUGUGCACCAAGCCACUGCUGAGGGUUUGAUCCAUCGCUCUGGAGGAAACGAAAGACCUUUUGUGUUAACACGGGCAUUCUUUGCAGGUUCACAACGUUAUGGUGCUGUAUGGACAGGCGACAAUGCUGCGGAGUGGGGACACUUGAAGAUCUCCAUCCCCAUGUGUCUAAGUUUGGGUCUUGCUGGUAUCUCGUUCUGUGGAGCUGAUGUUGGUGGCUUUUUUAAGAACCCAGAGCCUGAACUGCUCCUUCGCUGGUAUCAAGCUGGGGCUUAUCAGCCUUUCUUUCGUGCUCAUGCUCAUUUGGACACACCUCGCCGGGAGCCCUGGUUGCAUGGAGAGACCAAUACAAACCUUAUUCGCGAAGCUCUUCGUGAAAGAUAUGCUCUUCUUCCCUACUGGUAUACAUUGUUUUACAAUGCCCAUCGUGAUGCAGAGCCUGUCAUGAGACCUCUCUGGGUUGAGUUUCCUACCGAUGUGUCCACAUUUGUAAUGGAUGAUCAGUACAUGCUGGGCUCUGCACUCUUGGUCCACCCUGUAACAGAAGCCAACGCUCGUGAAGUUCAGAUUUAUCUGCCAGGGGUUGGAGAGGUCUGGUAUGAUGUACGUAACUAUCGGAGCUAUAAAGCGCCACAGACGUUUUUCCUACCAGUUACCAGCAGCUCCAUACCAGUCUAUCAGCGGGGUGGAUCUAUAAUUCCACGGAAGGACCGUCCCAGAAGAUCCUCGUACUGUAUGGAGUCUGAUCCGUUUACUUUAUAUGUGGCACUGGACUUGCAGGGUGAAGCGCAAGGUGAAUUAUUCUUGGAUGAUGGCCACAGCUUUAAUUACCAACAAAAUGAGUUUGUCUAUCGAAAAUUCAGUUACAGCCAUGGACAGCUGACUUCAAGCGCAUUGGAUCUUCAUGGAAAGUUUGAGACUGCUGCCUGGCUAGAGAAAGUUAUAAUCAUUGGAGCAGCAAAGCCCAACACCAUCAGCCUUCGUUUGCCAGAUGGAUCAGAAACACAGCUGGAGUUUGAAUAUGAUUCACAGACAUUUGUGAUUACUGUACGAAAACCAGGAGUGAAUAUUUCAUCAGAUUUCACAAUGUCCCUGCGAUAACAUCACUAACACGCCAAGUCUUGAGGGGGAGGGGGGAGGCAAAGACACUUUCUCCCCAGGUGUAAGGGGGUUGGUGGGUGGACAUCAUUCUUGGACCAAAUGUGAGACUAGAGACCAGAGGAUGUGUGUGUGUGUGUGUGUGUGUGUGUGUGUGUGUGUGUGACUGAUUAUGCCUGUUUUUCUGGGUAUUGCCAGCCUGCACUUAUUAUGUGUACAUAGAUUAAUCAUGCACUGUACCUGUCCCUUGUAUCUGUGUCACUUGGGACUACCUCUUAAUGCAGUCUGUUGUUGGCCCCAUUCAAUCUUGCCUGUCCACCAUACCCACCCCCAUCUGACUCCAUUUCUCUCAAUAACGUAUGUGAGAAAUGGAUUACCAAACUUCCAAGAGGUCUAAAAAACCUACAUAUGACAAACUCAGGGCUGUAGCCAUUAUGUGCGAGUAAUUUUAAGUUGAAAAAUGGAUUCAGUAGAAGAUGGCUUAAAUCUGGACAGCAACUCCAAAAGCACUUACCCUCUUUCCUUAACUUGUAUCUGACAAGACACAGCUCAAUAAUGUGAUCCCUCAAUCUAGGAGGCUUCUGUCUGCAUCCCUCCCCCUCAGCCUGGUAAUUAGUGUAAGAUUGGGGGAAAGUUAAUAUGUCACGUGGUAAAGAUUUUCUAUGAAACUUCUUUUUGGGGGUAAUGGAGCCAUAGCUCAUUUAAUUGGAAAUGUUUUGAUAAAAUAAGAAAUAAAACUAUAAAAUGA